AUGGGGCUCGGCAACUCAGACAAUUCUAUUGAUGGUGACCUUUAUGUACUGAGAUUAUCCUCUUAUGUCAAGCAAAAUGAGGCAAAUUUGGCCAAUGGUUUGUUAUUCUUUUCCAAGAAAAAGUCAAAACAACGAUCUAAACCGCUUCGUUUGAACUUUACCUUGCACCACCUCUACUAUAUUGCCGAGAGAAUCGAAUCUCUGUCGCUCGGCGUCGAUGUGGGACCUUUGAAUAUCACCCUUGAAAACCCCAAUCAUGAACCAACAUUCAUUUCUUUUAUGGCCAACAACGCUAAAUCACUGCGUAACUUUGAAAGUGACACUAGGUCCAUUUCCUCGAUUAACUCCAUGCGGUCUAUAGUGCUGACAGCAUCGAUGUAUUGGCGAGGCUUCUCAACGACUCGCGACCCCAAGGUGAUUCAAAAGGACAUUCGUUACUUAUACUCGUCUUUCACCAAAAUUCCCUGCUUGAUCGUUUCACCACAGACGAAAAUCAACAGCAUUGCCGACUAUGAGGAGUAUCCGUGUGAUACUGCCGUUCCUUUGCUCAUGUUCAAGAACUUGCAAGUGCUUGAAAUUUGUGACUAUGACCCCAACGAACUCUUUGGGUGGGAUCUACUCAGUGAAAAGCUUCGCAUUCUCACUGUGAGAAACAGUCGCAUAGAUGACUUGGGGCAGUUGUUGUUCCAUUUGGUCAUUGAAGAUGCUUGUGGAAGAAGCUCUACCAUUAAGAGAAGGGCACAGGAUGAUUCAUCUUUGAGUCAGUACAAGGCCCCUACUCGCCAGCGAGCAUCAACUACCGCUGCCAUGUCUACUGGACCGGGAUCAUUGCCCAAAGACUUGAAGUUUGAAAGUAGGUUCUUGCUCCCAGCCAUCGACACCACUAGAGACUACCAUACCCUCCCCGAUGGUAAAUGGGAAUUAUUGAAGCAGCUUUCGGUCACGGAGACCUCAAUCAAGUCUAUCGACCCGUACGUGUUCAAACCACUUGCCAAUUUGGUCAAGAUCAAUUUGUCCAAUAAUCUACUCGAGGCCAUUCCUCUGGGCUUGGACCAAUUGACCAACCUUCGUUACCUCAAUCUUGCGAACAAUUUUAUCACCAACUUGACGAAUAUUCCUCAUAAUUUGACCCACCUCACCACCCUCAACCUCAAUCAUAACCAGAUCACCAACUUGGAUGGCCUUGAAUUAAUGCCCUCACUUGGAAGUGUGGAUUUGCGCAAAAACAAAUUGCAAGAAAUUGAGGACUUGAAACCACUCAUUUCUCACUUUCUCAACUUUCCCCAAUCUACUUUUGACAAUGUUUGCUUGAUGGCUAAUCCACUUCCUAAAGGCUAUCGCAUCGAAGUCUUUAAUCUUUUAAACGGAGCAAGAUGGAAAAAUACUGUCAAAAUUGAUGAUUCAAGACCUGGGUACUUUGAAAGCGCAUUGCUACUUGACGCCGAAGGAUCCAACCAAAAGAUGGCCCAAUUCAUGGGAAUCGAACCGAAAAGUAAUCGCAAUAGUUCACAGCUGGUUUCGUCCAGUCUUGCAGGAGGUUCUCUUGAUACUUUGAGAGAAGAAUUGAACAAAAUUCUGCACCCAUUACUUCAAUCUGACAAAUCUCAUCGACGGAUUUACGACCUUUCACAAUCAGUUGCCCAAUCUCCUCCUCCCUCAUCACUCGCACUGCCAGCUACUAUCACCCUGGUAGAUGUAGGAAGUAUUGCAUCUUCCUCGACUUACCAAAUUCCCUCAUCUCCGCUUUCUCCAAAUCAAAACCUAACUAAUCAGCUGGUUACGGAUUAUAUUUCAACUAAGCACCAGAUGUCAAUAGCUACAAGAUCGUUACCCUCCGAGACCAUCAGAAAAUCUUCCGCCCAGUCCCAACUCGACUCCGAAGCAAAUUCAUCGGCCCCUUCAGUCAGCGUGGUAACUCCCGUGCAGGUCACAGCACGAAUGAGUACCUAG